GAAAUCAUCUUUGUCCAACAACACAAAAAAGAACAUCUCUUUAGAAAUACGAACCGCCGUGGCUGCAGUAUAGUCCACUUAUCUUUUUGCAGACAAAGCAAAUUCUUAAACACAUUUUUUCCUUUCAAGAUAAAGUCUUCACAUUUUGCUUCAAACUCAAACACAACUAUGGCAUCUGAAAUUGGUUGUGCAAGAACAACUGCUCAUGAUGUUCUUUCUUCUUCGCUGCUGAGGAAGAACAAUCCACGUGUUGGGUUGUUUAUGUGUUCUUUCAGAAUUAAAGCUUGUCAUUCCAUGUCUAAUAACCACAAGGAUAUCUACAAACAAGUGGGUUUAUAUUCACUAAGAAGGAAAAUUGAAGACGCAGUUAUUCGUGCUGACGUGUAUGCAUCAGCAGCCUUGGAAAUUGAAGAAGCAAGUUGGAUUAAGCAGGAAGAAAUGGUACGUGAUUCGGAUCUGUGGGAUGACCCAACUAAGUCCAACGACAUUCUUGUCAAGUUAGCUAACAGUGCCAAAGUUGUUGAUUCUCUAAAGGACUUGAAAUACAAGGUAGAGGAAGCACAACUGAUAAAGCAAUUGGCUGAGAGUAAUGCUAUUGAUUAUGGGCUCUAUAAACAAGCAUAUAAUGCAUCUAUAGACGUGAGCAACAUUCUUGAUAAGUACGAGAUAUCCAAGCUUCUUAAGGGACCAUUUGAUAUGGCGGGAGUAUGUUUGGUUAUAAAAGCUGCACCUAGUACUAGCAUCUAUCCUAAGCUCUGGGCGGAACAGCUCCUACAAAUGUAUCUUGGAUGGGCCAAAAGACAAGGUUACGAAGGAAGGAUUGUUGACAGGUGUCCGAACGAGAAUGGAGGAAUUAAUUCAGCAACUAUAGAGUUUGAAUUUGAAUGUGCUUAUGGCUUUCUUUUGGGAGAAAAAGGAGUUCAUCGCCUCAUUAGGGGUUCUCCAAAUGAAUCUUCUCACCUUGAGACUAGCUCAGCAACUGUAGAUGUUGUUCCCUUGUUCUUAGAGAAUGCCCGUGAGAUUGAGAUUGAUUCGGAGGAUUUGAUUAUAUCAUAUCCCUUGAUUCGAGGAGAACAACAGAAAAGACAAAUUCAGCAUACAGUUUGCAUUCAGCAUCUACCAACUGGAAUAACUGUCGAAUCCUCUGGUGAGAGAAGCCAGUUUGCAAAUAAGAUGAAAGCACUAAACAGAUUGAAAGCUAAACUUCAAGUGAUAGCAAUUGAACAAGGAGUUAGUAGUAUAAAUAGUAUAAUGAAGGACGAUAUUGUGAAUCUAUGGGAAGAAGAAACUAGGAGAUAUGUAUCUCAUCCAUACAAAUUAGUACAUGAUGUAAAGACUGGCAUUGAGAUGUCAGACUUAAAUACUGUUUUGGAUGGGAAUAUUGGUCCCCUUAUUGCAGCUCAUUUUAAUACUAGAGAGUAAUGUAAUAUUUUGUUCUUAUCCACCAAUUAUAUAGGAUUAUAUACUUAGUAUUUUCACAUUUCUAGUCCUGUAAAAUUCCAAUUUUGCUUGUACUGACAUAUGUUUGUUAAUGAGUUGAAUGUCAACAAUAUUGUAUUCUAAAA